AUGACUCGACGGGAAGGUGAAGUGACAAUCAAAGGAAGUAUCGCUUAUGCUCCUCAAAAUCCCUUCCUGCCACCGUUCGCGAAAAUAUCCUGUCGCAUGAAUACGACAGAACAUUCCAUAACAUGGUCGUCGAAGCUUGUGCUCUUGCUACGGAAGUGGGAGAGAAGGGUGCGGUUCUUAGCGGUAGUGUCACUCUUGUCGAAGAAAACAACAACAUCCUCGCUGACGAAAAAUCGUCUGUUACCCUCUCUGAGAAACUUCGACACCAAACAAGCUUCUCCAAACUCAAGCUUGCCGCUCUUCACCCCACUCGCGACUCCGUCUCACACAAAGAGCACUGUAGCCUUAUCAACCUCAUUACCCAAUCGAAUCAAGGGUGUCGUCGCUGGCAGCAAAUAUGCCGUAUGUCAAUAUAAGGUUGCUCGGGAUCGACUUCCCUCAGCUAUCGCAAUCACUCCGGGACCAGGGCACCGACUAUCAGCCCUUCGGCAGAUGAACAUACGGGGAAUGCGAGAUCUCAAUCGUGGGAUGCGGAUGCUUUCUGGGUCGGUGUCGGGUGGGGUACCGAUUGCUACUGGACCGGGAGCUGGUGCAGGACUAUCUAUGUGGGACCUGCGGGACCACCUGGAGGGAUCAUCCGGCGUCAAAUUAAUGACCCUCACUCUCGAUGGAGCCCGAGAACACUUAUGCCCUCUUUUUGUUCCUUCUCUACGCUCUUUCGAUUUGAAGUGA